AUGCGACGAGUAAGUUGUUUUAUUUAUUGUUAUUUUGGUUUUAGGUUUGUUUAGUAAGACGACAAUACUUUUGAAAGCUAAAAAUACAGUUUGAUUUGAAAGUUUGAUAAAUUUAAUGUUGUUCAUGUUGGGGUUGAACUGAAAGUUUAUUUUAUUGAUUAUCUAUUAUAUUUUUUACUGAAAGAAAGAUGUAGGAUUCUUAGAUAUAGUAUUUUCCAAAAGUUCAAAUGUAUUUUAGGAAAUUUAUUUGACUUUUUGUAACCUAUACUUGUUAGGAUGUGUUAUUCAUGCCGUUUCUGUUAUAUUUUUAAUUUGUCUUUUUUUGCUGUUUGCCUUUUAAUUCACUCAAACGUUUGGACUUUGAAUUAGCUUGAAACAAAACGUUUUGUUGGGCUUUAGGUUCAAGCUAUUAAAGUAGAAGCUUCAGUUGAGCAUUUUGGUUACGAUAACAUACGAUUUUUAACGUUUUAUAAUUUUCAGCGCCGUACGAGUCCAAACGACACAAUAGAAACGUCGCAUUUUUUGGAUAGUUUGAAUACGAGUUAUAAUAGUGGCACCUCCAACACAAUGGAGACAAUUUCAAGCCAAAACAGUCGGGUUAUGGCCGUUACGGCCAAAUUACAGUGGAAAAUCGAGCAGGUACGCCAUGAUUUUGUUGUGUUUCUUUUGCUUUUAGGAUACUAAAGGUUUAUGGAAGGUGGUGGAGCUUGUUAUGAAGGAAUUGAGUGUUGAGAGCUUGACUAUUUGUGUAGAAUGGAUUUCUUUAAAAAGACUUGGGCCGUUACAAUGCUAAUGUCAUUUCGAUUUUUCUUUCGAAAUGCUGACAAUUUAUUUUUAGUUCGAAAGGCUGACGAGGUUGUACAGAAACAACAAGUCGAUGGUCAGCGAGAGUUUCUCAUCUCCACUGGCAGCUAACGUUGUGUGGGAGCUACAUAUUUAUCCAAAUGGAAAACGGGAAGAAGAUCAGGGAUAUGUUUCGUUUUUUCUUCGACAGGUCGGGUUACAGGCAAGUGAUUUAGGUUAACGAGCUUUUGUGGACUAACUUUGAGCUUGGGAAAAUUUUUUUUUGCUGUUGAAGUCUAAUCUUUCAUGGAAAACUGAUUUUUAAUCGUAGAACGUUAACAUUUAACAUUAGAACAUUAACUUUAACUUUAGAAUGUUAAAAUUUAACUGUAGAACGUAAAAAUAAUUAAAUUUUUUCAGGAUGGAGAAUCUCUAACUGCCGACUUUCAAAUAUACGUAAUUGAUCACACGGAACGAAUAUCGAAUGUGUGUCGAGAUUGCAAAGACUUCACACAUCAACAAGGCCGAGGCAAAUUUCAAGUUGAACGUGAACGUCUACUACAAUGUUUAAAAAUGGACGGGAGUUUGUAUGUGUGUUGUGAGGUGGAGUACCUACCGAAUGGGAUGUGUUCGUCGGACGAGGAGCGUCCACCCUGGGAGUUCACGGAUAAGACAGGUGUUCGGCUUCGCGAAAGUUUACGACGGCUGUACGAUGAAAGUAUUCUAACGGAUUUAGAAAUUCAAGUAGGUUGUUUAGGGGUAUUGUUUGGGUUUUAUCCUGUAAAAUUUAGUUGAAAGGGCACAAAAUUUUGUGAACAACUUAUAAAAUGAACGUCUUUCUUUCAGGUAGGUAACAAAACAUUCCAAGCGCACAAAGCCGUCCUAGCGCAGGCCAGUACUGUGUUCAAGUCGAUGUUUUCAAUUCAAAUGACCGAAUCCAGGGAAGGGGUAUUAACGAUACCAGACUCCACUCCACCGGCCGUUUCAACCAUGUUGGACUAUUUAUAUGCCGGGGUUGUGGAUCAAGGCGCAUUCGAAAAGAACACUGUCGACAUUCUAAUAUUGGCACAGAAGUACGAUGUUCCCGGAUUGAAGGAAGAGGCCGAGAAAAUCUUGUCAAAGCGGAUCAACAUCAAAAAUUUUGUCGAGUAUUUGGAUAUGGCCGACCUUUAUGAUUGUAGUCGGCUGUUGGCGGUGGGUUUUGAUUUUUUGAUUCAUUUUUUACAGAGUUUUAAUAUUUUAGUUUAGUUUAGGUAUUAAAUUAUAUUAAAGUUGAGUUAACAUCAAUGUUUUAUGAAAAUAGAGGGAUAAUUCUUUUUAAAUCUGAUUGAUUUAAGUUUGUCUUCUACACCUUACGUUUAAUGUAGUAUAUUGUACUCAAUUUACUAUUCUUCUUUACAGGAAUUCCGCCACUUCCUUAUAGACAACUAUGAGGAGGUAUCGGCCACCUUGGACUGGGCCAAGCUCAAGAAGGAGAACCCAGAGCUUGUGAACAAGCUGCUGGAGAAGGUCGUGGAGGACCGGAUCGUGUACCCGGCCCGAGCGUUGGGAUGUGAGUUAUAUUGACUAAUCUUAUACUAAUUUAACAAAUAUUGACUUAUCUUAUGUGUUCUGUAGUGUGUUAUGUAAGUGGAAGGUAGUGUCUUAUGUAGAUGGAAGGUAGUGUGUUAUGUAGGUGGAGAGGAUAGUUUGGCUUUGAUAUGAAUUGAGUGUUCAUAGCGGGCGGAAGACCUAAAAAAUCGUUUGAUCGUACUGUUGGUCGUAUGUGUAUGGCUUUUAUAUGACUUUACUACACUUAUUUUUGAUGUUUAUUGUCUUUGUUUCAGCGAUACGAUCCCUCGACUAUGACCAUAAGGAUGGGCUCGGCCCGCCCACGCCCAAACGAGCCCGCCGCCGCUGUGGACCACCCUAA